AUGGGUGGAGAAAUCAGACCAAUAGUGAAAGCAGGGGAAGCGGAACGUGGAGGAGUAGAGAAAGAGCUGCUGAUGGUGCGGUCGUUGUCUCUAGUGGCACUACAGGUAGGAGGACGGUGGAUGAAAGGCCAGAACGGGAAAAUGAAAAACAUUUCUCUUGGUCAUGAGGGUAGGCUCAUAUCAGUUGCUGUUACUGAGGAAAGUUUCUUCACCAUUUUCCUCAUAUUCCCUUUUCCGGGUCUCUUUGGAGGACUUAUUAUCGUCCACAAAAGGUAUUUCCACCAAGUGCUGCAACCAAGCGGCAGUGUCUUCCCCACCUUAAGCACAACGGCACAGGCAAAAAGUUUCAGAAAAUUUUGCAACUCCUACAGCCGAUCACCUCCACGUCAGUCGGACACUGUAGAAACCAACAGCCACCGCACCACCGGAGCACACCGUACGUCGCUCGGGUCUUCACCAGAACCCCCGGAGCAGCGCCGAUCGUCUACCGCCCACGUCGACGGCGACCCACACAGGCUCAAAGCCACCCAACCGCCACACGCAGUACUACAGCUACAUUGUAUGAUGGACCAUGAAGAAUAUGUUGAUCUACCUUUUAAAGUUGGCCAAAUGGCAGAGUCAAGAUCAUUUCUCCAAGGUUUUCGUGGCGCAUGGUUUCGAUGCAAGAUAAAGGAGAUUGGCUCGAGAAAAGGUCUGAUGGGGCAUGCCUUAGAAUUUGUUGACUUUCCAGAUGAAAAAACAAAAUGGACACAGUUAUAUCAAAAGCGUAGAAACUGGAAGGAGGUAAAAAGGCAAUUGAUGGUUCGCCCUCAAUUUCCUCCUAUCUUUCGUGAAAGUCAAAUGCCUGACGUCAAUAGCAUCUUAGAAGUGGUAGUCAUUGUUGACAAUGUUUGGAAAGUGGGGGAUUUGGUAGAUUGGUUGAUGGAUAGUUGUUAUUGGUCUGGAAGAGUAACUGAAUUGUUGGGGGAUGAGAAGGUAAAGAAACAAACCGGUGGUGACCUUCCUGAGGUAUUUUGGUCCGGUUUUGUGUUAUCCUUGUCAAUUUUCUGUGUGUGA